CGCGGCGCAAGGCCACCACAGCGGCGGCGAUCCCGGGCGCCCCCGGCACCACGUAGAACGCCCCCGCUCGUCCAGCCGCGGCCCAGGCCGGAGUGCAGCCUGCCUCUCACCGCUCGCCUCCCCAGCCCUGCGCGUCGCCUCGCGGCCGGAGGAGGAGGAGGAGGUGGAGGAGGAGGUUGAGGAGGAGGAGGAGGAGGAGGAGGCGGCGCCGCCUUCGCCGCGCCGCGCGUCCUCGCCGUUGUCUGCGCUCGCUGUGGACCAGUUUGGGGAAGUUGGUCGAGCCCCGUGUCGCCCAGAUGUGCGACCUCAUUGAGCCGCAGCCGCCCGAGAAGAUUGGCAAGAUGAAGAAGUUGCGGAGAACUUUGUCGGAUAGUUUCAGCCGCAUUGCUUUGAAGAAAGAGGACACCACCUUUGAUGAGAUAUGUGUCACAAAGAUGUCUACACGGAACUGCCCGGGAAUGGACUCAGUGAUCAAACCCCUGGACACAAUUCCUGAGGAUAAAAAAGUCAGGGUUCAGAGGACACAGAGCACUUUUGACCCAUUUGAGAAACCAGCUAAUCAAGUUAAGAGGGUGCAUUCUGAGAACAAUGCUUGCAUUAACUUUAAGGCCUCCUCCACUGGCAAAGAGUCUCCUAAAGUUCGGCGGCACUCCAGCCCCAGCUCGCCAACAAGUCCCAAAUUUGGAAAAGCUGACUCAUAUGAAAAACUGGAAAAACUAGGAGAAGGAUCUUAUGCUACAGUAUACAAAGGGAAAAGCAAGGUAAAUGGGAAGUUGGUAGCCCUGAAGGUGAUCAGGCUGCAAGAAGAAGAAGGUACACCUUUCACAGCUAUCAGGGAAGCUUCUCUGUUAAAAGGACUGAAACAUGCUAACAUAGUGCUGCUUCAUGACAUUAUCCACACCAAGGAGACGCUGACACUUGUGUUUGAAUAUGUGCAUACUGAUUUAUGUCAGUACAUGGACAAGCACCCUGGGGGGCUGCAUCCAGAUAAUGUGAAGUUGUUUUUAUUUCAGUUGCUGCGAGGGCUGUCUUACAUCCACCAGCGUUAUAUUUUGCACAGAGACCUGAAACCACAGAACCUUCUGAUCAGUGACACGGGGGAGUUAAAGCUGGCAGAUUUCGGUCUUGCAAGAGCAAAAUCUGUCCCUAGCCACACAUACUCCAAUGAAGUGGUUACCUUGUGGUACAGACCUCCAGAUGUCCUCCUGGGCUCGACAGAAUAUUCCACCUGCCUUGACAUGUGGGGAGUCGGCUGCAUCUUUGUUGAAAUGAUCCAAGGAGUUGCUGCUUUUCCAGGAAUGAAAGACAUUCAGGAUCAACUUGAACGAAUAUUUCUGGUUCUUGGAACGCCAAAUGAGGACACGUGGCCUGGAGUUCAUUCUUUACCACAUUUUAAGCCAGAACGCUUUACCCUGUACAGCUCUAAAAACCUUAGACAAGCAUGGAAUAAGCUCAGCUAUGUGAAUCAUGCAGAGGAUCUGGCCUCCAAACUCCUACAGUGUUCCCCAAAGAACAGACUAUCAGCACAGGCCGCCUUGAGCCACGAGUAUUUUAGUGACCUGCCCCCACGGCUAUGGGAACUGACUGAUAUGUCUUCUAUUUUUACCGUCCCAAAUGUAAGAUUGCAACCAGAAGCUGGAGAAAGUAUGCGGGCCUUUGGGAAAAACAAUAGUUAUGGCAAAAGUCUAUCAAAUAGCAAGCACUGAGGCGCACAGCAUUCUCGAGAGAGCACAGGAUUAAGUUGUCAUCAUUCUGGGAAGGAAAAAAAAACAUUAAUGAAGUGGCCAAUAAUACGAAGGGAAUCAUGGAUCAGUUUCCUUUCACUCCCUGUGGUGGAUUUCACUUACAAGAAAAUUGAAGCUGGCAAGACCUGUUUUCUCUGCAAUUUAUUUAAAACCUUGCACGCAUUUGGAUACCUUGUGAGUUCCAAGAACUAUGUGAAGAUUAAGUUUUGCUUACUGAUACAUGGCAUGUAUUCUUUUCAGUCUUUUGUGUUUGAUUUUUUUUGAUUUCCCUCUGCACCGCGGCGUCUCUGUAAAGGUUUUUAUGCUUUCACCAGCCAUGUCUUAAAUACAUUAAGACAACACACUCGGUGUUCACACUUCUUCAGUAAUGUCUGUACUUGAAAGCCACAUAGUGGCAUAAAACAAUGUGUGUUUUCUUUGAGAGCAGUGCACAUUUUGCAACCACCAGGAAGGAAAACUAUAGCUAAAAAAACCCCCAUGUUCUCUGACUGACUUGACACCUUGGUCCCUGGCCAUGGGACCCCACUUGUCUCUUACCUUUUGAGGACAUAGGCAAAUGUGUUUGUGUUUUUUUUUUUUUCUUGGAAAUAACUGCACACUUAUAUAGGAUAUCGGAAUCUGCUUAGCAUUUUCAAGCCACAUAGCAUGACUGUUCUCCGAGCAGGUUGGAAGUGAAGAAACAAAUAUGAAGCAUUAAGAACAAAGACAGGGAUAAAUCGCUUCCUUUUGAACCUCUAGAAAUUGAGGUAGCUUUUUACAUGCUUUCUGGGUCUUGUCAACAUCUUAUUUUUUCCAUCCACUUUGUUACGCUUUGUGAGUAUUUUCUAAAUGGUGAAAAGAGUGAGGAACAGAAUGUUUAAAGCACGGGUGCAAAAGAAUUCUAUCUGCUAGAUGAGCCCUGAAUGCUGUCUUUACUAGUCAACAUUUAAAAAGCAAAUUACAAAGCUAUCCAGAGUUUGAAAUUUGCUCAUUUACACCAAAACACCUUUGAACUACAUUUUUCUAAACAUUCCAGGCUAAUUGGAAGGCAUCAUUGGGUACCCUAACUUUAAGCAGUCUCCAGGAAUAACUGUUCGGAUGCAGGUUUUAGAAACAAGGCAGGAGUCUUGCUUUAAAGAU